AUGUUCACGAAACAAAAUCCAAAGUCCCAGUCAUUGGCGCUUCAAGAUGUCUGCGCAAAUCUAAUGAAAAGAAACGAUGAUCUUCGAGCUAGUACGAAAUUUCUCAUGAAGCAAUUUCUCAUGGAAUCUACUAAGCAGAACGCAAAAUCAGGCCAAGCUAUGAAACUCCUUGACAAACUUCGGAAAGAGAAUCUAGCACUAAAGCAAUCUCAAAAUUCACAAAAGAUGAUGUAUGAGCAGACUAUCGAGAAACAACGGCAACAGCUACAUUCGCUACAAAAGAAGUUGGCCGAACGAGAAGAGCAAGUCAUGCAAUUUCGAAGCUAUCAUGAAUCUAAUAUGCGAAGCCAAUCCCCACAAGGUCCUCGGCGCGUCAGCGGUGCUGGAUUGCCUCAGAGCUCGUCACGCGGUCCUCCUCAACCUCCCAUUCAAGGCUUUAUGAUUCAACGAGAGGCCCAAGAACGUGCCAAGCAACAAAAACUUGAAACUCCGCAACGUCGCAGACCCAUCAUGGGUAGCCAAUCUGGUGGAUACAAUCAGCACCACCAUCAAUCUCAGCAAGGGCGCUUUCCGGGAGAUUCGUCGAUCAGUCCGGGUGGCAUUCGGAACAUUACCGCGGCCACUAGCUUUUCCUUUUCCGGAGGUCAAACGAAAAUGCGAUCCUCGUCUUCUGGUGGAGCCUCUCCGAGCCAGGCCUUUCUUUCCAAACCGCCUGGAUCCUACAGUAGAUCCCAGUCGCCAUCGAGCGCUUUCCAAAAUCAAAGCUACGCUCGUCGGCAAUAUUAG